UCUAACCUGUCUUCUUUCUUUCAGAUCAUGACUCGCCCAUCCGCGGCCAACAAGAACUUCCCAUACCACGUGCGAACUUCGCAGAUCGCCUCCGCUGGGGUCCCCGGACCCGGAGGGAGCCAAUCCGCAGAUAAGGCAUUCCCGCAGCACGUCUAUGGAAACGUGACGUUCAUCAGCGACUCGGUGCCCAACUUCACGGAGCUCUUCUCCAUCCCCCCGCCCACCUCCUCUGCCGGGAAGCAGGUGGAGGAGACAGCGGUGGCGGCGGCAGCGGCCCCGAGGGGCCGCGUGGUGACCAUGGCCGAGCUGGGCGCAGCCUCCCCGCCCCCUCCGGCUCGGUACCCCAAGGCGGUCGACUCGGGCUGGGAUGGCCCGACGCCGUCCUACCAGCCGCUCGUACCCCAGACGGCUGCGCCGCACACCGGCUUCACCGAAUACUUCAGCAUGCACACGGCCGGGGGCCCUGCACCCCCGGUCUGAGCAUCCCUGCCCCGCCUCUGCCCCACGGGCGGCGCACCGGGCCCCGGCUGGGCUCCGGAACCCCCUCUCUUUCCCGGCCCAAGGGCUCGGCCAUGCCAGGCAUUCCCUGUCCUCCCCGCUCCCCGCCCCUCUCACACCCCGCACCCAGGUAGGGUGCGCUGCGUCCCGCCCCUUUUCCUCUGGUGCCAAACGGUCCCGCGGAAGCCGCUCUCCGCGUCCCCUCCCUCAGCCCCUGCCCCGAACGGCUCCGGAAUCUGGACUCCCGCUGUUCCGUGAUCUCCGCCCCCCUGACCCCCUCCGAGACCUCUGACCCUGCUGGACUUCGGAACACCCGUGACGACCGCCUGGACCCUGCCCGUGACUCUCCAGGACCCUGCGACCCACGAGCCACUGUUCGGGGACGGAUAUUGUGAAGUUGGUCGUCUCUACGUUGAAACCCUCUCUGGGGUUUGUGACCUCGGACCCGUGCUUUGUCCGUCCCUAUCUGCAUGUCAGGGGCCUUCCCAUGGUCCCUGGCAGAAAGACGUUUUCUCUUCUUGCCAAAAUAAAGAGGAUUCGUUGAGUUUUUAUCUAUAA